ACUCUGCCUUGAAGAAGAAGAAAAAACACAGAACAAAAACCCUAAUUUCCUCCAUUGACACUCCACACCUCCUCUCUGCAAUUCCUCAAUUCCGAUCCCUCUGAAACGGCGUCGCGUCCACCAUGUUCAGGAACCAGUACGACACCGACGUGACCACAUGGAGCCCCGCCGGGCGGCUCUUCCAGGUGGAGUACGCGAUGGAGGCGGUGAAGCAGGGCUCAGCCGCGAUCGGCCUCCGAUCCAAGACCCACGUCGUCCUCGCCUGCGUCAACAAGGCCAGCUCGGAGCUCUCCUCCCACCAGAAGAAGAUAUUCAAGGUCGACGACCACAUCGGCGUAGCCAUCGCCGGGCUAACCGCCGACGGCCGCGUCCUCUCCCGCUACAUGCGUAAUGAGUGCAUCAACUACAGCUUCACCUACGAGUCGCCGCUCCCCGUCGGUCGUCUCGUGGUUCAGCUUGCUGAUAAGGCCCAGGUUUGCACUCAACGCUCCUGGAAACGGCCUUAUGGAGUUGGUCUACUUGUCGCUGGUUUAGAUGAAUUGGGUGCCCAUCUCUACUACAACUGCCCUAGCGGAAACUACUUUGAGUACCAAGCUUUUGCUAUUGGGUCCCGCUCACAAGCUGCAAAGACAUACUUGGAACGCAGGUUUGAGAACUUCAUGGACUCCUCGAGGGAUGAUCUGAUCAAAGAUGCCUUGAUUUCUGUGAGGGAGACCUUGCAAGGUGAGAAGCUCAAGAGCUCAAUAUGCACGGUUGCCGUGGUCGGAGUUGGGGAGCCAUUCCACAUACUGGAUCAGGAGACGGUACAGCAACUGAUCGAUGCUUUCGAGAUUGUCGGGGAAGACGAGCCUCCUGCUCCUGAACAGGGUGAGGCAGCGGCACCUGAUCAGGGAGAAGAUGCUCCUGCUCCUGCUCCUGCUCCUGCUCCUUCUCCUGCUCCUGCUGCUGACGAGGGUGCUGCCCCAAUGGAUAUUUAGAAAUGUGAGCAUUAUGGAACUGUUCUUGUCCUGCAUGAGGUUUACUCAUCUUGUGUUUGACAAAAUGAGAACAGAAUGUGGAUGGCACUAUGAGUUAUGUCAUUUUAUUGUCGGAUCUUGUUCUGCUGCCGCCAAUUUAUUGAAUGUGUUAUGCUCCCUUCAGUUGAAA